CUCACGGAGGGCUGGGAGUGUCUGAGCCGUGGAAUUGAUCAGCAAUCACUGAAGCCAAGAGCGUUUAAGAUGAACAAAGACUGUAGUAAUGGUGAUUUCAAGACACGGAGCGGCAUACAAUGAGUUCAUCGAACGAGGAGUGUCAAGAAAAGAGGGAUGCUUAGGCCCACGGUUGGCUCCAUUGAGGAGAGGGAUGAGGAGCAGGAAGACGAUGAGGAAUUGAGGGAUGGAGGGGUGCCCUUCUUCGUGAACAGGGGAGGUCUGCCUGUAGACGAGGAAACAUGGGAGAGAAUGUGGCGACACGUUGCCCGGAUUCACCCCGAGGGCGAAGCAAUGGGGAAAGGGAUACGAGGCGCCGCGGAUCUGCCAAAGAUUCCAAUACCGAGUGUGCCUACAUACCAUCCCACCACGAGUAUCCCACAACGUCUGGAAGCCAUACAAAAAUACAUCAGGGAUCUGCAGUACAAUCACACUGGGACACAGUUUUUUGAGAUCAAGAAGAGCCGUCCUCUCACUGCGUUGAUGGACAUUGCUAAAGAAAUGACAAGGGAAGUUCUGCCAAUCAAGUGUCUGGAGGCUGUGAUCCUCGCAAUUUACCUCACCACCAACCUGCCGGGCGUGGAGCGUUUCCCGCUCAGCUUUAAGACCCAGUUCUCAGGGAACCACUUUUACCACAUCGUGCUGGGGGUCCACUGUGGGGGCCGCUUUGGCGCGCUGGGCAUCAGCCGGAGGGACGACCUGAUGUUCAAGCACCUGGAGUUCCGCACGCUGGCCGACCUAGUGCAGGAGUUCCAGGGGGCCUACCGCGGCUACUGGCACACCCUGCGCAAGGUGAAGAUCGGCCAGUACGUGUCCCACGACGUGCACAGCGUGGAGCAGAUUGAGUGGAAGCACUCGGUGUUGGACGUGGACCGGCUGCCCAAGGAGGAGCUGAGGAGGGAGCUGGAGAGGCACACGCGAGACAUGAGGCUGAAGAUAGGAAAAGCGGCCCCACCCUCUCCCACCAAAGACAGGAGGAACAGCAUGGGGUCCCCCCUCCGAGGCCCUGGGAGCCCCAUGCGCAGGAUCAGCCACAUAGAGAGACGACCUUCCGCGGAGAAGAAAGUGUUGGAGAAAAAACCGCCCACGGAUUUGAAUGGAUACCAGAUCCGUGUCUAACAGAGGACCUAAAACACAACUUUUUAAGUAUCGGGACAAGGUGCUAGACCCUUUAAGGUUAUUGCUCUGUGUUUGAGUUUGUAUCGAAGGUACCAGUUAACCUAUUCCGGGGGCCUGUUUUCAAUAGGUCACCAGCAACUUUGUAAGUACAAAACAUUGUACUUCAAAAAUUCAUUUAUACAUAGCAGUAAUGGAAAAAGACACGACUUGAUCAAACACUUUCCAGAGAGACAGUCAAGAUUAAUGUAAAUGUGCUAAUAGACAUAUCACAGGUUUCCGUUUUGGAAAAUUGGCUCUUUGGAAGAACUUGGUUGGGUGUUAAUUUUUUUUAUUAUGUUAUACUGUACUUGUAUAAAAUCCAUGUAAUGUACUUUUAAAUCUUGAGCUCUGCAGAGCAGCCCCUGCUUUUAUAGUGAGUAGUUGGCAAACCACUACCCUUGUGCCUUUAAUGAAUAUAAAGUGAGGAAAAACUGCAAGCCGUAGUUAAUUUUUUUUAAAUUCUUAACACUUUUAGCUACGUUAGCAUACAGCAGUGCGACAUCUAUUCUCUAGAAUAGCCUUGAAUUGAACAGCUCCUGUUGUAUGAGCCCUUUUGUUAUCUUCUAGAAAACCACUAGCAUGUCAUCUACUGAAUGGGGAUAUACAGGGGGUGAUGGAUGAGUACGUGGGGAUCCAUCAUAUACAUUACAACCUUUUAUGAGCAUGAAAAGUGAUGAGAGAAACAGGAUGUGAAAUGUAUCCAUAACUGAGGCAAAGAGUUUUUACCGGUGCGCGAUGUGUCACUUUUCGACAUUGUUUUUUGUUGUGGAUUACCUUUUACUUGGUACGUGUUCCCUUGCCUUAUUUGUAGCGUUCUUUUCUACCCUGUUCCUUGACAACUUUAAGGGGUGUCCAAGUGAGUUUUUUACAUUAUACGCAUGGUGCACAUAAGUGGGUUUACAGCAUUUGUCUGCAUUUGUUAUGCUUUAAAAGCAGGUUCGGUCAUUGCUGCCGUCAGUAUUACUAAUCACACUCGAUUCACUUAAUUAAACUAACCAUGCACUGUGGUGUUAAUGCCACACAGUGCUGAAUCUCAUGUGUAGAUGUUUUCAUCACAAUGCUACGAAAUGGCACUGCAUCGUACCAAAAGAUUGUCGUGGAUCUACAGCAUCAGAAUAAACACCAUACGUGCGUCGAACUGACUGCUUUUUGUUUCUGCUGGCCAAUAUUGUCUCAAUAAAAGGACCUCUUGUCAUGCAACAGCAA